GCGUCCGCGGCCUGGCCGGCGGAGAAUAUGGCGCUGCCCCCGGCCGCCGCGCCCCCCGGGGCUGGCGAACCUCUCGGCCUGCCGCUGUCGGCGCUGCGGCCCGAGCCGAGCGGCGUCCCGCUGCACUCGCCCUGGACCUUCUGGCUGGACAGAUCACUCCCUGGUGCCACGGCCGCUGAGUGUGCCUCGAAUCUGAAGAAGCUCUACACUGUGGGAACAGUACAGAUAUUCUGGAGUGUGUACAAUAACAUCCCUCCUGUGCCCAGCCUGCCUUUGAGAUGUAGUUAUCACUUAAUGAGAGGAGAGAGGCGACCACUUUGGGAGGAGGAGAGUAAUGCAAAGGGUGGCGUGUGGAAGAUGAAAGUCCCCAAGGACGGCACGUCCACAGUUUGGAAAGAGCUGUUGUUGGCGACCAUUGGGGAGCAGUUCUCGGACUGUGUGGCAGCAGAUGACGAAGUCAUAGGGGUCAGUGUGAGUGUUCGGGACCGAGAGGAUGUCAUCCAGGUCUGGAAUGUCAACGCCUCAUUAGUGGGUGAAGCUUCUGUGCUCGAGAAGAUCCAUGAACUCCUGCCCCACAUAUCUUUUAAAGCAGUGUUUUAUAAACCCCAUGAAGAGCAUCAUGCUUUUGAAGGUGGACGUGGAAAACACUAAUUGCACUCUGUAAAGAAUUCUUUAUCCUUUGCUGAUUGGUUUUGGAAACGGUCUUAACAGGAGGGAGAGUGAAGAGAAGACUUGCCGAAGCCCGAUGCUGGUCCAUUUAGAGUGGGUUUCUGUCCUGGCAGACUGGGCGGUUAGGACUCCGAGUGGCAGGUGUGGUUGGGGAGAGUCUGUGGGUUUCUGCCAUCAUAUCACUUGGGUGUUUUUUUGUUAUUUUUUUAAAGAAAACUUUUUUUUAAAAGCUUUCUAAAUUCUCUGUUCUUUGCACUCUUCCCCCUCCCCAUAAGGGUCCUUAUUCAGGGUAAUUAUUGUUUUCUGCACACCCUUUCAUUGAGGCAUAAGAAUUGGGUCUCCCCUUCAGUAGUUCUCCUGUACCUUGUUAAGGAACAUCUGCAUAAUCGCCACGGGACUGCCUGUGAAGCCACAGGGCACCAGGAGGAAGCCUAGCCUAGCAAACCCCCCUGUCUGAUAAAUUGUUGUGACACUUGCCUGCAGACUGUGAGCUGGGCAUUGUUUCUUUUGAGUGUGUGUUCCAUAGAAACCGUAUUCCUUGACAGCACGCACAUCUUAAACCCUUUUUAAAAAGCACUAUAAGGAAAAGAAAUUAUUGGUUUGCCUAACAUGAAAUCUUUAAUCACAAUUGAGUGUCAGGCUCAAAAUCAAACUCUAGGAUUUGGGGGCCCACUGUGCAAGUAUUUCUAACCAGAAUCCCAAGCUGGCCUUUUCAACAGAAGCCCCGUGAUUUGUCCAGAGAGGAAACCUGAUAUUUCGGAUUCACAGAAGAGGCCCUGUUUAUUACUUGUGUGGAAUGGAGUUUCUUCCUAAGUUUCCGCAUGUUUACCCACUUAGAACCUUCCACAUCAAUUCUCACACCUUGUGUUAAGUGAUCCCUCUUUCCUGCCCCGGUCAUGUGUCUUUUCUGAAAAUCGAUGGCCUUCCAGCGUGGCCAUCAUUUGCACACUGUUUCAGGAAGCACAGUUGAACUUGAGUGCAUCUCGUUCCUAUUAACUGUGCUAUUAGAUGUUGGAUGAGACUACCAAAGAAAUAGUAGCUUCAAUAGAAGAAAACCUUUCAGAGUAUUGUAGCUCCUCCCCGGUGUUCCUGCUCCCUUUUAACUUUGCCCCACCUCCCGGUGAUAUUCCCUGUGAAAGGGCCUCCCUCCUCUUGGCUUGGACUCAGGGCCAUUGGACCAGUGUGGGUUCUAUAUUUCUCAAAAGGGCAAAUUUUUAAUUCCUCUUGCACUGUUGGCCAGCGGAGAGAUGGGGCUGCUCUAAGCCUCCCACAUGGACUUGUAACUAACAUUCCCCGUUUAGAUAUUUUAAAUGGCUCUCAGUAGCAUCUGUUUAUAAGAGUCGUGGCCUCCACUUGCAUUGCUAAACACUCAGCCAAAAUAAUUAGCUGUCAGAGUUUAGAAAGUACUUCUCUUCUGAACCCAAGCCCCUCGACAGUUUCACUCAUUAAAGUGUUGGAUACUUCCAGAAAAAUCCCAAGACGUGUUUGUCUAAAUGACGUGUACCUCUCUGAACAAUUUCUAAACUUGUUUUAAAAGUAUAACUCAAGGAUUUAAAACUUAUUCUGGACAUGAAUUGAAAUUCCUUUUUAUAAGUAUUUUUCUGAUAGAUUAGCAAAAAGGAUAUAACUGACUUCCUUAUUAUAAUUGUCAUAUAUAUAUUUCCAUUAGUAAAUAAAUUUUGAGGAAUUUUUAUUUUUGAACUUUAUUUAAAACAUUUGUGAUGACAUGUUCAAUUUUUGCAUGUAUGUAGCUUUUGAAGUAAAAAUAAAAUAAAAUAAAAUAAAUAGGAAUGUUAGGCUCA